AGGAAGAGGAAGAGGAAGAGGAAGAGGAAGAGGAAGAAAGGAAAGAGAGAAACAAUGGGAGAGGAGAGGGAACGUUUAAUGUUGUCUAAAAUGAUAAACCAAGUGAAACCAUACAUUGCAAUUGUGUCCCUGCAGUUUGGAUAUGCAGGGAUGUACAUCAUCUCGUUGGUUUCUUUUAAGCACGGCAUGAGUAAUUUCGUCCUUACUACCUACCGUCACCUUGUGGCCACCAUUGUCAUUGCUCCCUUUGCCUUUUUUCUUGAAAGGAAAAUCAGGCCAAGAAUGACCCUUCCCAUCUUCCUCAGGAUCGUGGUUCUUGGUAUCCUCGAGCCAGUGCUUGACCAGAACCUAUACUAUCUAGGGAUGAAGGCCACAACUGCAACAUAUUCAUCGGCUUUCGUCAACAUGCUUCCUUCUGUUACCUUCAUCUUGGCAAUGAUUUUCAGGUUAGAGAAGAUUAAUUUGAAGAAGAUACGCAGUGUAGCAAAGAUCAUUGGAACAGCAAUCACUGUGGUAGGGGCAAUGGUGAUGACUUUGUACAAAGGUCCAAUUGUUGAUUUCAUCAAAUCAGGAGGCGCGGAACACCAUGGAUCCACCACUGAAUCCGCUGAUAAACACUGGGUUACCGGUACCAUAAUGCUUCUAGCAAGUAUCUUAAGCUGGGCAAGUUACUUCAUUUUGCAAUCCUUCACGUUGAAAAAGUACCCCGCCGAGCUCUCGCUCACUGCUUGGAUAUGUUUCGUGGGAAUGAUAGAAGAUGGUAUAGUUGCCCUUAUUAUGGACCGGAACCUGAGUGCUUGGAAAGUUGGGUGGGAUUCAAGGCUCCUUGCUGCAGCUUACUCUGGAAUAGUGUGCUCUGGAAUAGCGUACUACGUGCAAGGAGUCGUGAUCCGAGAACGAGGGCCGGUAUUCCUUACAUCAUUCAGCCCUCUAUGCAUGAUCAUCACUGCUGCACUAGGAACCAUAGUUUUAGCAGAAAAAGUCCAUCUUGGAAGCGUUCUUGGAGCCAUUAUCAUAGUCUCAGGACUUUACACAGUGGUGUGGGGUAAAAGCAAAGACGGGAAAGGCCCAGAAACUGACGAGAAAAUCAAGGAAUUGCCAAUCACAAACAAUAGUACAUCAAUCAAUGUUGAUGACAGCAGUGAUGGAGAUGCCAAAAUUGUUACUAUUCCAGCUUCAAAAAGCUCCUUUUCCAUUCGAGGAACAUAAAAAAAAUGUUCCUUGAUCUCCAUCGUUGAUCAUUUUCAAGCAGAGUUGUUCUUCUACUCUGCGUCUAAAUAAUUUGUGGCUUAUAUAUCUUUUGAUUGUAUUGUGAGGCUUUAAUUUUAUGAAAUGAAAACGUUUAAUCCUAUUGCUUUGG